AUGUGUCUUUUCACUUUUUUAGGUGACUUCUACCGGAAUCUCAACUUCUGUCCAACUUUGUGUGCGUUCGGCGACCGUGACACCCUCCUACGACUCAUUAGAGCCAACCAAUUUCACCUCCUUAUCUUCCACACUCUCUCCUACUACUCCUAUGGUGGUGAUGAUGAUGAACACAUCGCUCAACAACACGGAAAUGUCCCUAAAAAACGCAUCCUAGUCGGUCUGGUGAUGGGUGUUAGAGUUGAUCAGAAUACUGACGUCUUCGUGAAAGACCGUUUCUACACUGGCUGCCGCAUCCUACAGCCCCUGUCCAAGUGGACUGGUCUCUCUGUGGACGUGGCUAAUUUCCUCUUCUCAGCCCUUGUUGCCAGCCUUCUGGGUCUUUUUAUGCGCUUUCUACUUCCACCCAAACGAUAUUCUUACCGCUUACGCGCCUCCCUCGAGGUGGCUUUCGGUCUCCUUCUGGUAACUUUCUGUUUUGGCCAUCAAGUCCGCGUUCUCAUUUUACAAUCUCUCGUGACCUACCUACUACUGCGCUUCUGUCGACUCGAUGUGAUACGCACACCG